AAUUUUUUUUUUGAACGUCUUACAAAUUCAGUAGAAAUGGCUACACAUGCGGGGUGCCAGGAAGAGAAAAUGAAAAAUUUUACUUGGUUUGCGGCGCUUCUCCUCACCGUUUUGUUCAGAACGAUAGAGAUUUUUUCCAAUGUCAUAUUUUGGUUCGUUUAUCGAAAUAAAGAAAAAACUCCGUUACCUGCUAUAGAUAAUUCAAUCUUGUUAGAGAGUGCAACUAGUCUUGCUAAAAAAAUCAGAACGCAAGAGAUAACGAGCGAGGAAGUUGUCAAGACCUUUAUACGUAGAAUUGAAGCAGUUAACCCCAUCGUCAACUGUGUCGUUGACAAUCGGUUCGAUCUGGCACUGGAAGAGGCCCGGAAGGUGGACCUAUUGCUUCAGUCUGGGAAAAAAGAUGAAAAAAGCCUUGAGGAGGAAACUCCUUUUCUUGGAGUUCCAUUCACCAUUAAGGAUUGUUUCUCUGUGGCCGGAUUGCAUUACACAUCGGGCCUAGUCAAACGCAAGGAUAUUAUUGGUGAAUUUGAUUCUGAUGUUGUGGUUCUCAUGAAGAAGGCUGGAGCCAUUAUGUUGGCUAUCACGAACGUUCCGGAAAUGUGCAUGUGGUGGGAAUCGCUUAAUAACGUGUACGGCCGAUCGCGCAACCCUUAUGAUGUUAACAGAACGGUUGGAGGUUCAUCUGGUGGAGAGGCCGGUCUGCUUGCAGCUGCUGGAUCCCCAUUUGGCAUCGGCUCCGAUAUUGGUGGAUCGAUCCGCUUACCGGCAUUCUUCAACGGAAUCUUUGGGCAUAAACCCACGUCAGGAAUUGUGAGUAAUCACGAGCAGCAACCAGUAGCUGAAAAAGUUCUUCAGACUUAUCUAGUUACCGGACCAAUGAGCCGUUUCUGCUGCGAUCUGUUGCCAAUGUAUCGGGUUCUUGCUGGUGAUAACGUCAAGCAGCUUAACCUGGAUAAAAAGGUUUCCUUGUCCAAAAUACGUUACUUUUACAUGGAACACUUUGGAAAGAAUCCUCUGCUAAGUCGUGUUCAUCCAGAUUUAAAGAAGGCUCAGAGAAAAGUAGUUCACCAUAUCCGGGACACUUACAAUGUAUCUGUCCAAAAAUUGAAACUGCCUCUAUUGUAUCAUGCAAUGGAAAUGUGGUCCGUCAAAAUGACCUCAGCUGGUAAUCCACCAUUUGUUGCUGAAUUGGCUAUGAGAAAGGGCCAAAUUUCACUGGUAGCAGAAUUUCUUAAGUUUUGUAUUGGCAAGUGUGACCACACUUUGUUUGCCCUUGCUAUGGGAUUCUUGGAAAAACUGUGUCCUCCAUCAUCUCAUCCAUUGUCUGUGAAAAUGAGGGCCAUGUGUGAUGACCUACGACUACAAUUACAAGAAGUCUUGGGUGAUGGCGGAGUUCUACUUGUUCCAACUCAUCCUACUGCUGCCUUUUAUCACAAUCAGUCGUUAACAAGGCCUUUCAACUUUGCUUACGUAGCCAUUUUCAACGUGCUCGGUUUCCCAGUCACCCAAGUGCCACUAGGUCUUGGAUCUUGGGGCGUUCCACUAGGAAUACAGGUUAUCGGUAACCUGCAUAAUGAUCAUCUGACACUGGCAGUGGCAGCUGAACUAGAACAAGCAUUUGGCGGAUGGGUGCCAUCCUCCCCCAUAACCUGUUAAUGCGUCAAUGCAUUUGUAAGGAUUAGUCACUAGUCACCUUGUGCAUUACGCGAUGUUUUUUAUUACAACUCAAA